AUGGCUCUCUCAAACGCCUCUACUCUGUCUUCAAAGUCGGUGCACCAAACUCAUUCCCUCUUUUCUUCUCUAUCCCACCAACCAUCUUCUUCUCUCGUCCCCGGCAAGACCCACCUCAGAUCCUUACACCCAAUCUCCGCCGUCCACGCUGCGGAGCCCGCUAAGAACCCUGUGGUUGUCGAUAAGCCUCCCAAGACGUCCUCGCCGUCGGUUCCGGCGGGUUCCGGGAAGUGGACGGUUGAUAGCUGGAAGACAAAGAAAGCGCUGCAGCUGCCAGAGUACCCAAAUGAGAGUGAGUUGGAGUCUGUUCUCCAGACCCUCGAGGCGUUCCCGCCAAUUGUAUUCGCCGGUGAGGCGAGGAGUUUGGAGGAGCGGCUCGGUGACGCCGCCAUGGGCAAUGCCUUUCUUCUGCAAGGUGGUGAUUGCGCGGAGAGUUUCAAGGAGUUUAGUGCUAAUAACAUUCGUGACACUUUCAGAAUUAUUCUCCAGAUGGGUGCUGUUCUUAUGUUUGGAGGUCAAGUGCCUGUGAUUAAGGUGGGAAGAAUGGCGGGUCAAUUUGCAAAGCCUAGGUCCGAUCCAUUUGAGGAGAAGAAUGGAGUGAAGCUACCAAGUUACAAAGGAGACAAUAUAAAUGGUGAUGCAUUUAAUGAGAAGUCCAGAAUCCCAGAUCCUCAGAGGAUGAUAAGGGCUUAUUGCCAAGCCGCUGCAACUCUUAACCUGCUAAGGGCCUUUGCCACUGGAGGUUAUGCUGCAAUGCAGAGAGUCACCCAGUGGAAUCUUGAUUUUGCCGAGCACAGCGAGCAGGGAGAUAGGUACCAGGAACUGGCUCACCGAGUUGAUGAGGCCUUAGGAUUUAUGUCUGCUGCUGGACUCACAGUUGACCACCCAAUCAUGACAACAACUGAAUUCUGGACAUCUCAUGAAUGCUUGCUUCUGCCUUAUGAGCAAUCACUUACUAGAAAGGAUUCAACUUCUGGCCUUUACUAUGAUUGCUCUGCUCACAUGCUAUGGGUUGGCGAGCGUACCCGCCAACUGGAUGGUGCUCAUGUAGAAUUCCUAAGAGGAGUUGCUAAUCCCCUUGGCAUCAAGGUGAGCAAUAAAAUGGAUCCAAAUGAGCUAGUCAAACUCGUUGAAAUCCUGAAUCCUCAUAACAAGCCAGGAAGAAUCACAGUGAUCUGCAGAAUGGGAGCUGAGAACAUGAGAGUCAAGCUUCCCCAUUUGAUCAGGGCUGUUCGUCAGGCAGGGCAAAUUGUGACUUGGGUCUGUGAUCCCAUGCAUGGAAACACCAUCAAGGCACCCUGUGGACUAAAAACACGUCCUUUUGAUGCAAUUUUGGCUGAGGUGCGAGCCUUCUUUGAUGUGCAUGAGCAAGAGGGAAGCCACCCUGGAGGAGUUCAUCUAGAGAUGACAGGCCAGAAUGUGACAGAGUGCAUUGGAGGGUCUAGGACAGUGACCUUUGAUGAUCUGAGCUCUCGCUACCACACCCAUUGUGAUCCUAGGCUCAAUGCUUCACAAUCUCUUGAGCUAGCAUUUAUCAUUGCAGAGCGGCUUAGAAAGAGAAGGAUGGGAACUCAACGUUUGCUUGCUUUAGGUCUGUAG